CACACACACACACACACACACGCAGAGAGAGAGAGAGAGAGAGAGGGAGAGAGAGAGGGAUUCAGGAGCCACAGACGCCAAGAAGUGGUCACCGAUGUGAUAAGGAGGACAGAAGCGUGGGACAGACGGGACAAAGACAACUUCAAGCGAGACCGGGUAAAAAGAGAGAGGGGAGAGGGAGAAGAGAGAGUGAAAGUGAAAGAGGAAGAGAGAGAGAGAGAGAGAGAGAGAGAGAGAAGGAGAGAGAGAGGGGGGAAGCCAGCGCGACCUCCUACCCAACAACCUCGGACGAGAACCCAUAAAAUGAAUUCAGACUCCAGCCCGAGCAGCAGAGCCUCCUCCCCGGACAUGGACGGCAUGUUCCAUCACCUCCCGCUGCACCACCACCACCUCCACCACCACGUAGGCUCCUCCGUGUCCUCCUCCACGCAGAGCGGCGAGCAGCAGCGCCUGAAGAUCACCGGCGCGGAACACCUGCGGUCCGUCGACGGCAAGCCGCCGUCCGUGGGAAGCAGCAGCAGCAGCAGCAGCAGUAGCAGCAGCAGCAGCAGCAACAAGUACAAGCUGAAGAAACAAGUCACCGAGGAGGAAAUGUACCAUCUCCGCCUCAAGAUCAACGGCCGGGAGCGGAAGCGCAUGCAUGACCUCAACCUGGCGAUGGACGGCCUGCGCGAGGUGAUGCCCUACGCGCACGGGCCCUCGGUGCGCAAGUUGUCCAAGAUCGCCACGCUGCUCCUCGCCAGGAACUACAUCCUGAUGCUCAACAGCUCCCUGGACGAGAUGAAGCGGCUGGUGGGGGAGAUUUACGGAGGGCAGCACUCGGCCUUCCACUGCGGCACCGUGGCGCACGCCGCCGGCGGACACUCCGGGGGCCCCGCCGCCGCCGCCGCCGCGGCCGCGGCCGCCGCUGCCGCCGCGCACCAAGUGCACCCUCUCCUCGGGGGCGCGCUGUCCUCCUCCACUUCUUCCACCCUGUCAAGCGCGCUCCCGGGGCUCACGUCUCUCCGAGCACCCCACUCCCUGAUGAAGGGCUCCCCGCCCGCCCCCCCGGCCCUGCAGCUGGGCCCCGGCUUCCAGCACUGGGCCGGACUGCCGUGCCCCUGCACCAUCUGCCAGGUUCCCCCUCCGACGCACAUCCCCAUCACCUCCGCCGGCCUCACGAGACUCACGGGGGAGGGCAAGGACGGGAUGAAAUGAUGGCUGCUCUGUCUGACAGACGCGCAGAGACUCAGACAUGUGGGCUGACGUGUGUGUGUGUGUGUGUGUGUGUGUGUGUGUACAUAUAAUUCAGGGCAUGAGGGGAGACCUGGCCUCACCGCUGCAUGCUGUUGUGUAUCUGGUUUCUUGUUUGACGUAUGAGAAAGAAAGUGUUAUUUUUCUACCUUGUAACAAGGACGUAUACAAACUGAUGAUUUUGCCAAUUUAAGGUUUAAAAAAAAGAAGAAAAAUCCGUCCUGUGUCACGCGAGAAGAAGGCAAACUCUGUCACCACAAUGUGAAAAGGUGACGGAGGCUGCAUGAACCUUCUGAUUGAAUUUAAGUUAUUUCUUUUUUUGUAUCAGCGUCAGUUUGUGAAAAACGAAGAAUGCUCUAUGUGCCUUGUACCAAGGAUUUUAAACUUCAGUUCCAUGUGAAAACAAUGACAUGUAUGUGUUUGGCUAAAUGAUUCUGCCACCGCGGGAUCAGCUGUUGUUUUUAUUUUUUUUAUCUAAGUCUUCUGAUUUUUUUUUCUUCUUCCUUCGUGGCUCAUUGUUUGUCCCUCUGUGCUCUGAUCUCCAGUUUGUUUGUGAUUUGAUUUUUUUUUUUGCAUGGUUGUCACAGCAUGGUUGUUUUUGAACUGAAUUUGUUAUGCCCAGAGACCCCAUGUCUUUAUUUUUGUACAUUGUUGAUGACUGAUGAAAUAUUUAUUAUCGCCCAGCGCCCCUGGAUGAAAUUUCAAUAAAACUGAAAUUAUCGAUCAUA